AUGACUGAUCAAUUUUUUAAAAAAUAUUAUCGUAUACUUUCAGUUAUUCCUGGAAUCGGAACAUUCUGUGCUAUUUCAAAAAUGGUUUGGUAUGGAUUUCAUAGAGAUGUAGAAGAAUCUCUCAAUGGAGCUUUGGAUGUUGUGAUUGGGGUACUAUUAGAUGUAGUUUUUCCUGGAAAAACACUUGUUAAAAUGACGAUUCUUGUUGCGACAGAAGUGGUAUCAGAUGGAAUCGAAUAUCUGGAAAGCAAAAUGGUUAAAGAUCCUAAAGAAACUCUUCAUAAUAGAUUAGAACGAAAAAUUACUAGUUUACAGCAAUCACCAAGAAAAAAUAUUGUUGAUGAUGAUAGAGACAAGAUCGAUUUUAAUAACGAGCACUGUGUGUUUAUAGAUAAUGAAGUUGCGACACAAGAUGAAAUUGCAAACCGUUUAAGAUUUAUAUUCCAACUUAAAAUUUUAAAAGGAUCAAGUUAUUAUGGUCAUAUUUCUUAUUCACCGUAUAUUGAGAACCGAAUGGUGACCAUGACAUUUCCAAACGGAAUAUAUUACAAACAAAGAGUUUCUCUAUUUUUAAAUUUUGAUAAGGAUGGUUCGAAUACAAAAUAUAAUUAUAUUAAAACUGUUAAUGGGGUGUUAGGAUUAAAUAGAGAAACCGGUAAAUAUUCUUUCGGUAAAGAUCAAGAUUAUUAUUAUUAUGAUUUUCUCGUAAUUCCCUUAAAAGAUGCGACCGGACAAAUUAUUCUUCCUUACGGAAAAAUAAAUCUUUAUAUGAGAGAUUUCGAAGGUAAAAUAGUGACAGAAUCCAAAUUACGUAUAAAUAUAUCAGAUAAUUUUUAUUAUAUUAAAGAUUCGAAAAAUAAUUAUUUUGCUCCAGAAAAAAAUGACUUUUAUUCAAAAUUAAUAUUUAAAAGUAUUGACGAAUCAAAUAAAUCAGAUGCGCUUUUUUAUUUUUUUCAUGAUCGGAUUUGUCACUGGAAAACAUUUCUUAUAAUGAGUGCAGAUAUAUUAAUAGUUGGUGAAUCACGUAAAAUAUAUUCUAAUUUAUAUUUAGAAAAUAUUGAAUAUGAAAAGAGAAUGGCGACAAUGCAAAAAUGGUCUUAUAAAUAUCUGAUCAAGUAUCGAAUUAUUUUAAAUGAAAUACGUAGUCAAACUUUAUAUAAAAUAUAUAAUUUAUAUCGUCCUGAAAUUACUUUAAAAAGCAAUCAUACAAAUGAAAAUAAAUUUACAUUUGAAAAACCCAAUUUCAUAUUUGACUAA